CUGCAUCCCAAACCAUUCUAAUGCCUCCUGCGCCCUCUCAAAGUCCACCUGAAACGAAGAAACAGAACACCGCAAGCAUCGAUCGUUCGUAUCCAAAGCUCCAUGAUUUUGUAGCUCUGCAAAAUUAUGAAGAAUUUGCACUGUAUAGAAAGUUCACUGCCUGAUGAUAUCGCCUUGAAAAUCGCUUCAUUUCUUCAGGUGCCGGAACUAUGUGCGUUGGGUAGUUGCUCUCGAUUUUGGAGCGAGAUAUGUGGAUCGGAUUUCAUAUGGGAGUCACUGAGCGAUCGCGCUGGCCCUUCUUGUCUGAAGCAUCGUCUUCGGUUCGAGAAGCCAAAACCCUAGGUUGGAGAGGGUUUUAUGUGGACAAGCAUAAGGAGAUGGCUGCCAGAGCUGGCGCGAUCAUUAAGUUUGUUGAAGGAUGUUGUUCUCCAUGUGAGUCCCUUGAGGUUGGGGAUUUUCUAAAGGCAAUUGAAGACUUGUGGGAAAUGCAGUUUGGGUUCAGAGAUGUUGAAGUUUUACUCUUUAAGCCCGGACUGAGUGUGUUGCUUAACUUGCUUGGGUUGCAUUACUGCAUCAACUGCCUCAAUGUGCCCGUUGAGUAUGUCAUGGAAGCUCUCCUAGAAUGCAAGAUUUCAGAGAGGCAAGUGCGAGUUCAAUGGUGGAAGCUUGGCAGGUGGUUUUAUGGUUUCCGUUUGCGGGAUGAGUCUCAUUCUCGCUGCAUCUCCCUUGCUGAUCUUGCAUUAGCCAAAGAAGAUAAGAUUCUUCGGGUGCUUCACCGUGGCGCCAUUCACGAGGUGUUACGCAUUCAGAUAUCUGCUGUUAAUACCUUAAAUCCUCCUUGGCCUUGUCAAAUCAGUCCGAGGUAAGGUUAAGGAACGCGACAAUGAUGAUGCAUUCCUGUUUACUGAUCUUGUAUUUAGCAUGGUAAUUACUAGUGUGUGUACUUUAAUACAUUCAUACAUGUUUAUGGAGUUUCAGAUGUAUAUAUAUGAACACAAUCAAAGAAAUUAGUGUUUAUAUACA